AUGGCUGACGCAGGCAACCCGCUCGAGCCGUCCGUCUCUCUGCAGUCCAAGCCAGAUCCCAACAACCAUCCACAAUCCGAACCUCUACCAGGCGACUCGGCAACAACCAAAGCAGAAAAGAUCGAGCGUCAUGGAAAGCCCGAUGAUAGCCAGCCAGCAAAUCAAUUUGGAGAGUCUCCCGCUAAGCGCGUGAAACUUGAUUCGGAAACGACAUCGGCGACCAAUGGCUCAUCUCCCGAUCAGACAGAGCGAAUGAAGGGCGUGGCACCGAUCAAGAAGGAAUAUCUGAUUCAGGUUGGGAAGGGUAAUUGGAGUGAUGCGCAAUACGACGAUGAUGCAGCGGAAGGACGGGAUGCGCGCGACUCUGGCCAAGGACAGGCGGCUGGUAGAGGAGGACAGAAGACCAAGGGUGGACAGAACAAGAGUCGGCAGUUCGGCAGCUCGCGUGAUGCCAUUGAGCUGUGCAGAUCGAGGCAGACGGCAAGCGAGUUUGCACCCAUCACAUGCUCGUUCGGCGAGAAGUGUAAGCACGCGCACGAUAUCCGAAAGUAUCUCAAGGACGGCAAGCGGGAAGAUCUGCAGACCUUCAACGAUGGCACAUGUCCUGUGUUCGAAGUGAAGGGCAGAUGUAAGGCUGGCUGGCGAUGCAGGUUCGCUGGCAGUCACUCCAAAGAGGUUGAGCAUGAAGAUGGCAGGAAGGAAUUGGUUCAGCUCAUUCGAGGAGAAGACGGUGAGGUGAAGGGUAACGAUCAAGCUCAGCAGCAGGACGAAGACUGGGAAUCCGCCAAUGGCAUUGUGAAUACGGUUGACUACAAGGACAAGAUCACAUUGAAAAAGAAGAAGCGGCCCACACCAAAGUCUGAGAAGUAUCUGAAAUGGCUGGAGAAGUACACAUUUGGAGAUGAAGGCAAGAAGCCGCACUCCAAUGGCAAUGCUACCAACGGCGAUGAUGAGAAGAAGGACAACAACGCCAACUACAUUGAACAACCGCCACGACCUUCCGAGAAGCGACGACUAUACUAUGGGCCAGAAACUCCAGUACUGGCACCGCUGACGACACAGGGCAACCUGCCAUUCCGGCGACUUUGCGUCGAGCUUGGUGCGCAGAUCACUUGGUCAGAGAUGGCCAUGGGCCUGCCGCUGCUACAAGGAGAAAAUCAAGAAUGGGCAUUGAUGAAAGCCCACGAAUCUGAACUCGCCCCACCAGCAUUCUACCCAAAGAAUGUCGUUCACGACUACGAUAACAGCAAGGACAUACGCUUCGGCGCUCAGAUUGCUGGCAACAAGCCAUGGCUAGCUGUCAAGACAACGGAAGCGCUCACUAGUCUGCUGCCUAAUCUACGUGCCAUCGACUUAAACUGCGGAUGUCCUAUCGAUCUCGUCUUCAGACAAGGUGCCGGCUCAGCGUUGCUCGAUGCACCUGGUAAGCUGGAGAAGAUUCUGCGUGGCAUGAACACUGUAUCUGGCGAGGUACCCAUCACUGUCAAGAUCCGCAUGGGAACGAAAGACAAAGCACCCAACGCCGACAAGCUCUGCCAGCGUCUCAUCAUGGGAGGUCUCGAUUCUCAAGAUGGCAACCUAGGCCCAGCUGGUGUCGCAGCCAUCACCCUGCACGGACGAUCUCGUCAGCAACGCUACACUCGUAGUGCCGACUGGGAAUACAUUGCUGAAUGUGCCAGCCUCGUGAAGAAGUUGAAAGCGGAGCGUGCUGAUGCCACUGACACCUCUCGCGAGCCGGACGCUCGUGACCUUCCAGCUACAAAUGACGGCAUGCCAUACUUUUGCGGCAAUGGAGACAUUCUCUCCCACGCUGACUGGAACAACCAAAUGGAGCACGCAGGCGUAGACAGCGCCAUGAUCGGUCGAGGUGCUCUCGUGAAGCCAUGGAUCUUCGAAGAGAUCCAGUCAAAUCAAUACCUUGAUAAGUCCGCCACCGAACGUCUCGGCUACAUUGAGAAGUUCUGCCGCAAUGGUCUGGAAUACUGGGGAUCUGAUGAGAUCGGUGUGGGUAAUGUCAGGAGAUUCUUACUGGAGUGGCUGAGCUUCAGCUGCAGAUAUGUGCCAAUCGGUCUGCUGGAGUACCUGCCACCAAAGUUCGGCGAUCGUCCACCUGCAUUCCGCGGCAGGAGUGAGCUGGAGACGCUGCUCAGCAGUGGCAACUACAAGGACUGGAUCAAGAUCAGUGAAAUGUUCUUGGGUCCCGCACACAAGGACUUCCAGUUCCAGCCGAAGCACAAGUCAAACAGCUACGAGAUUGAGGCCGAGGGAUAA